CGGCACGGGGCGGGGCGGAGUGCUGCCAGGUCUCUGCGCAUGCGCGGACGGGGACGCGGAAGUGCAGAAGCCAUGAAGAUUAACCAGAACACUGUGCUGCAAGGACAGAGGGUGACCCUGGUGCCAUACACUUCUGCACAUGUGCCCCGGUACCACGAGUGGAUGCAGUCGGAGGAGCUGCAGCGCCUGACAGCCUCUGAGCCGCUCAGCCUGGAGCAGGAGUAUGAGAUGCAGCGCAGCUGGAGGGAGGACACAGACAAGUGCACCUUCAUCGUGCUGGACGGGGAGCGGUGGGAUGGGCAGGACCAGGACUGCAUGGUAGGGGAUGUCAACCUCUUCCUCACCAACCCUGAGGAUCCCACUUUGGCCGAGGUGGAAAUCAUGAUUGCAGAACCUGACUACCGUGGCAGAGGGUUUGGCAAGGAGGCAACACUGAUGAUGAUGUCCUAUGGAGUGAGAAACCUAGGGAUCACCAAAUUUGAGGCUAAGAUUGGUCAGGAGAAUGAAGCCAGUAUCUGCAUGUUCAAAAAACUCCAUUUUAAGGAGAUUGCUGUCAAUAGAGUUUUCCAGGAGGUGACACUGAGGCUGGAUGUCACUGACCAAGAAAGAAGGUGGCUCUUGGAACAGACAAACCACGUGGAGGAGAAGAGCUACACUGAACUGAAGCUGCCAGCUGGGGUGCUGGAGAGCUGACAGGAAUAGGCCCGGUUUCCAGGGAGGAGCUCAAUACUGUGGUGAGGUCUGGAUACGGAGGCUACCAGCCACUUGACUGUUUUUCCCUGUCUCCUUUGGUUACUUACUCAUCAACUUUGCAGCUUGUUGCAGCAGCCAGGAUCACUGCCUGAAAUUUGGACCUAGAGAACAGCUGCUAAUUCGUGGUCUUGACUGGAAAUUAGUUUAACCUGCUCAAGCAGAGCCUAAAAUCUCCAGCAGUUAGUGAUUCUUGGUGCCACGAAGAAUCUGGACAAUCAUCACCCACUGUUUGUUCUCCCACUGUCCUUCCAGCAGGACUCAGCAGCUUAGCAGAAGCAGUUUUCAGCAUGCAAGUAGCUCAGUAUGUUUUCCCCUGAAUAAAAAUAAGUGACAAAGGUCUGAGAGGCCCAAGCACAGUGAGAGCAGUGGGGCUUGGCUGCUCACUUUGGCCACCGAAAGGGUGGUCACCAGUUGUGAAGGACAGCAGAGACUCUCUGAGGCCUUCUGGUACCUGAAGGGGGCCUCUGAGAAAGCUGGGGAGGGACUUUAUACAAGAACUUGUAGUGAUAGGACAAGGGGGAAUGGCUUUAAGCUGCGAUAGGGGAGACUGAGGGUGGUUAUUAGGAAGAAAUUCUUCACAGUGAGGGUGGUGAGACACUGGAACAGGUUGCCCAGGGAGGUUAUAGAUUGUCCUCUCCCUGAAGAUGUUCAGGGCCAGGUUGGAUGGGGCCUUGAGAAAUCUGGGGUAGUGUGAGGUGUCCCUGCCUGUGGCAAAGGGAUUGGACCUGGAUGAUCUUUAAAGCCCCUCCCAUUCUAUGGUUUUAUGAUUCUAGGGUAUGGAGGGUUGCAGGGGGCUGCUGCUGGGGUACUGGAAGUGAGAAGCCAAGGUGUGAGUGAAGCCACAAUGGUUGUUUUCUGGAGCAAAGCCUUACCCCAACUGCUGUGGAACAAGGGGGAGUGCUGAGAACAGUGCCAAGUCUCAGGGCGAUGUGGUGGAGCUGGAAGCCUCAUUUGGUCGAUGGAGGGAUGUUGCACCUCAUUUUGCCAGGCUGCUUUCAUGAACAUGCAGAGGCUCCCACAACUGAAAGUCUGAAGAGUGUUUCCCUGCUUCAAGGAGCUCAGGGCUUGCACUGCUGAGCCUGGGGCCUCCACUUGCUGCUCUGCAGGAUGAAUGAGGGCAGGAACCUCUCUUUCUGAGGGCAGGAGCUGUCAUAUGUCUGAGAUCUGUGACUGCAGAUAUUGAGCCUGCCCUUCCCUGCCCUCCACAGAAGGGAAGCCUGCUGAGAGGAGAGGACAAAAGGUGGAAAGGACAACUGAUGUUCUUCUCUCUUUUCCCAGUGUCACAGCAGCCAUAAUGGCUAAUUCUAGAGCAGAAAUUAAUUUGUUCAGUCACACAAUGUCAGGUAAUAGCUUUCAGAUUUAUCCAGGGAUGUUUUUAUCGCUGUGGAGUAUUUAGUGUUGCUGUGCCUGUGUCUUUAGGGCCUGGGGGCUUUAGUUUUUCAGUUUUAGUUAAUUAGUUGGUCCUCUGAGUUACAUUAAAACCAAGCAUUGGAACAA